AUGCUAGAUGGCCUUAACAUGGAUAAUCAUUAUAUAAAUGUGCCAAAUCCUUACACGAGCACGGCAACACAACUCAAACUUAAUGAUCAUAGACUGUUAUCAUCAGCAUCUUCCACAUUAAGUAACAAUAAUCCCGAUUUAAUGAACUAUUACAAUUUCAAUCAACUUAUAUACGAAAAAUGCUUUUCAACACCGCAAGAUCAAGCAUUUUGGUCACACUAUAGAUGGCAACAAAGUGAAAUUCAACCAACAUGUUAUCAAUCAUCUUCAUAUUUAACACAGUUUUCUUCACCACCAUCUUACGAACAAUCAUUUUCACCUGAAUUUAACCGCGAAUUAACAGCUAAAAGAUUACUAGCUUCAUCUACAUCUAUACCUACAUCAUCAUUAUGUGGUCCUCAACGAAAAUUUAGAGCAGAAUCCUUAUUAUCUUUAUCGCCAACAAUUAGUUCUAUUGACUGCAGUCCAAAUGUUUCGUCACUAACGUCAACGCCAUCAGCCAGUCCAUCGAAAUAUCCCUUAGAUCUAUGCAUUAAUAAAACAUCUAUUAAAUCUGAUAUUCAAGAUUUACUAAAUGAAUCGUCGGAUAUAAUAAAACAUGUUGAAAAAGCGGCACCAAUAUCUGAUGUCGUUGCUAAAAUUGAAACGACAAUAUCAAACUGGAAGUAUUUAAAUAAGUCAAAUAAUACUAGUAGCAAUAUUUAUAGACAAUUAUCGAUAGAUUCAAUUAACAAAGAUCAUGAUUCUCAGAGGAUGUGUUCGAUAGAUGAGCUGAUAAUAAGUCAAAAUACUAUGUCUCAAAAAAUUAACUCUACUUUAAUCAAAGAAUUGGAUAAUAUUCAACAAAAUCAAUUUAUAUUGACCAUGUCAGAAUCUCAGUCUCAAAAAAUAACAUCCCCGAUUCUUCAUCGGUUAUUAUCUAGUACAACGCCUCUUACUGCGUCACUAUUGAAUGAUAUUCGGCCAACACCAAAUAUUAAUAACCGUCAUCGAUUCUCACUUUCGCAGUUACCAUCACCAGAAAAACCAAAAACAUUGCAAACCAUUAGCCAGUCAAAAACUGUUAUAAAGCCAUAUUUACUUGAACAAAAUGAUGGUAGACUUAUAUAUUUAUCUGAGCAUAAAAAGCCCAUCGAUUUAUACAAAUUAAAGCAAAGAUUUGACAAUGGAAAAAAUACAAAUAGUUCAAAACGUGUAUUAGAUAAUGAUAAUGAACAACUCUAUAAAAAACGGUGUUAUGAACCAUCUCCUCAAUCGAAAUUUUGCACAUCAUAUCCGGUAAAUGUCACAAGAUGUAUCGAUUGUCAAAAAGUUCAACAAAUUCGAUUACAAAAUCCACAAGCAUCAAAACAGCAACAAUCCAUUACUGGUUGUCGAUUUCAAUACUGUCGAAUGUUAAUCCGUGAUAGUGAUCAAUAUUCUAUUGCUGGUUUUACAACAUCGGAGGAUGCCAAAGAUAACGAUCUUGAAUCAGUCGUAAGAGCGAACUCUAGUAACGAAGAAAAACUAACGCCAGUUGAAUCAGAACAUAUUUUGAAUCAAAUUGGAAAAGUGUUGUGCAAACUCGUCUUACAUGAACAGCAUCUAAUGAAAAACAACGAUAAACGAAUAUGGAAACGAUGUAUUGACGGGUAUCGAGAAACAUGUGAUGAAUGUUCAACAACUCUAUUCAAUUAUCAUUACACCUGUACGGACUGUGGUUAUGUACGAUGUAUUGAAUGUUCUGAUGAAGCAACGAAUAAUAUCGAAAAAAGGAAAAAGCCAAAUAAAGUCUGUAUUCAUUCACACAGUUUGUUUCGUUUAUCAGAAUUUAUUCCAUGGGAAAGAUUGGAUAUAUUAAGGCUGGAAUGCAUGAAAUAUCUGAGAUCAAAAUCGAUAAAUUGUGAAGACACUCUUGACUCACCAACAUCACCAUCUGCAGCAAAUGAUAUAACGUCAACGUUUAUUCGUAAUUUAUAUGUGACAAGAAGAAAUGAAGCAGACAAUGUUAAAAAACUGUGGAGUAUAAACGAUUGUGAGAAUAAUCCGAACGCGGAGUUUUAUUGUAAAAAUCGUUUGCCGGUUUUUAACGAAUGGAUAACGGAAAGUUCAAAAAAAUUUUUUAAAAAAGUAUGGAUGGCUGGAACGCCUGUUUUGGUGAAAAAUGUUCAUAAAGGCUUAACACAAAGCCUAUGGCAACCACAAUCGUUUAAGGAAUAUAUGCUAUCUCAUAAUGAAACACCAUCGCUUUAUGAUUGUGAAACACUACAACCGAUUAAGUCGAAUGAGGAAAAAUUAACAAAAUUUUGGGAUGGAUUUGAAAAACUGAAUGUACGACUUUUAAAUGAAGAAAAUGGUGGGAAACGGCGUAUAUUAAAAUUAAAAGAUUGGCCAACUAAAAAAGAUUUUGCAACAGUUUUUCCAUCGCUUUUAGACGACUUAAUGAGAAAUAUUCCAUUUGGUGAUUAUACUCGUCGUUUAUAUUCUUAUAAUGGUGAAACAAAACAUGGUGGUCUGUUAAAUAUUGUUGAACGUCUUCCGAGUGUUUUGGUGCGACCGGAUUUAGGACCAAAACUUUAUAUUGCCUAUAGUCAAGUAAAUGGAACGAAGCAAGCUGGAACCACAAAUCUUCAUAUCGAUACAUCGGAUGCUGUCAACGUACUGGUUUAUGUGGUGGAUGUAAGAGCUAUUAUUGAAUCAUCGGAUGUUUGCUGUGCACAAUUAAAUCGAUUGUAUAAUGGCGAACUUGCUGGAGCAUUAUGGCAUCUAUUUCGAGCUGACGAUGUCCCAACAAUUCGUCAAUAUAUACGUGGAAAUAAAAAGAAAACGUAUGGUACUGACCCAAUACAUGACCAACAAACAUAUUUAGAAAAAAACGAUCUUGAAGAAUUAGAAAAAUUUGGUGUCUAUUCAUAUCCAAUCAUACAAUAUCUGGGUGAUGCUGUGUUUAUCCCAUCUGGCGCACCGCACCAGGUAAAGAACUUACAUUCAUGUAUUAAAAUUGCUGAAGAUUUUGUGUCACCUGAGAAUAUCGAUCGUUGUUUAAUCACAACUAAUGAAUUUCGCUCGUUAUCAAAAACACACACAAAUCAUGCUGAUAUCCUUCAGGCAAAAAAUAUCUUGUACUAUACUGUACGCGAUGCACUAGACUCAUUAAAAGAAUAG